AUGCGCCCGGCUCUCCUCCGACUCCUGAAGAGGCCGUCAGCUCUCUCGGUGCUUGACUCUCUCGUUUCGGUCCCUCUUGGAAUCGAGGAGCUGGAAUCCAAAUAUAAGAGCGAAUACCUGCGGUAUCAUUCGCGGGCUACGGCGGGUAGGAAUGAGAACCAGGGAGUCGAUCACGACCAAUCCGACGAUCACAAACUUCGGACGCAAUCAUCGCCGUGGCCCUCCAGUUUCCGCGUGUACGAUAUCAAAUCACCACAGAGCGAAGCGACAGAUGGCCGUGAUCGGACAAGACAGCCCGAGUUGUCAACAACAUCAACCAUCAAGCCGACGCGAGAGGUGGGAUUACAGUUGGGGAAAUUAGAGUACGAGUCUGACAUUGGACAUACGGAUGGCAUUGGGACACGCUUGGUGGACGAUCCGGCCCGUCGGCAUGAUUUUGCUCUGUGGGAAGAACUUCUUCGCUAUCGACAGCGGCAUUAUGGGGAUAAAGGCACGCAAGAUAUCUGGGAGGGCUUGAUGGUGCGGGUGGAGGGUGUCCAGCUGCCUGUCAAGGGUGAACGGGCAAACUUUUUUUGGCAGAGCUUCGUGGACUUGGCCUUAAAGCGACCAAUUAUACUGAACGAGCUGGUCAAUUACGCAUUUCGUCUAUGGGAGGAAACCGGAAACCGCUGGGAUAGGCUCUAUGAGGCCGUUGUUGGGGGGUUGAUUGCCCGCGAGAUGCCGCAAAAAGCCGUUGAAUGGCACAAGAAGCUGCAACACCCUCAUUUAUCCGAACCGAACGACAUCCUACGAAUCUUCCAGUCAGCCAUCGCGCCUCGUCGUCAACCUAACAAAGAAGUCCACCACUCGAAGAACCAGCGCACGUCAACCGGGCUAUGGGUCUUCCAGAACAUUUGUCGCUCUACGAAAGGACAUCGGAUAUAUGGGCCCGUCAUUUCCACAUUGUUGCGCAACGGUCUCCAUGAAGAUCUGCCCCGGAUGCAUCAGGUCUUGGUGGCGCAGAACGACCAUCCCGAAACCUACGAAGACAUUCAACCGUUACUAGAAUAUGCAAAAGAAAAAUGGCCACCUUAUCGGCGCCAGAAACUCGAUGUUUACGUCGAAUCACGUUACCCCGAGCGGACGACUACGACCGCAGAUAGCCCCACUACGAAAGAAUCAGAAGCGGAGAAAGGAGCAGUGCGUGAAAAGAAACCUUUCAAGGAUGAACUUGGUGCGCGCCUUUUCGCGACCAAAGCCUUGAACUUUGAAAUGAUCCUUUCCGGACUGCGAAUGUUCGGCGUGCCGGCUAUUGGGCCGCAGACGCUUCGCGAGAUGGCCGUUCGGUCUCAUGGGGGGCAGGACAUACUAGAGAAACUCCGGCAGCUCCAAGCCGCGGGGAUUUCAGUUGCAGAUAGCGUAUUCACACGUCUUGUUCGCAAGCUAGCAAGCCAACAUCGCGAGGUCCUUCUGUCCGAUUUUCUCCGCAGCGACCAGCAUUUUGAGAUGCUGGAGGACGCCGCGGCGCAGGAAUCUCUACUGGUAUCCUACUACGUCGCUCGUGACUGGAGUCAGUACAACGUGACGCUGGCCAUCCUCGCCGAGAUCUCUCCAGAGGGGCCGGACCUCUCCAACAUUCACUUUCGGAAAUUCAUCGCGGCGGAUGAAUGGCACUUCGCCUCCAAGUUUGUCGAUGACAUGGCCCUGCGCGGCAGUUCCCUCUCCAAAGAGAGCGUCGAGUUCAUGGUGAAACACAUUCUCCCAGGCCGCCAACCGGGCCACCUACCACAGAAACUCCGCGGUCGCUCUCUCCCCAAGGACAUGGCCUUUGUCGUUCAGAAUCUGCAGCGCGCCGCUAAAUCGGGCACGCCGGUGUCAUCCGAACUCUGGAUUGAGAUGUUGAAGCGACAGGGCAUGAUCAAUCGCUGGUACGACCUCCGGGACUGCUGUCUAUGGCUAGCUCGUCAGUACUCGCCCGCGCCGAAGCACACCGUGGGCUCCGGCGUGAACCGCAGCGCCGCCAGCCCAACGUCGGACCCCCCAUCCAGCGCCCGCGACGACCGUCUUCUCCAGACGAUUUUCACCGGCCAAAUGCAGGCGGCGAUCGUGUCGUGGGGGUUCAAGAUGCGAAUCUCGCGCCAACCGGACAGGCCGUACGCGACCUUCCGACCGGACCAGGAAGAUCUCAUCCCCUGGGUACGCGGACUCGUCCUGCUCCGCGAACUGGAGCAGCACGGGGUGCAUUUACACGUGCGGGAGAUCCGGCAGACGUGUCGACAGCGCCUGAAGGUGAUCUUCGGACCGGCGAUACAGUCGAGUCGGCGCAUGAACCGCAUGCUGCGGCGCGAGAACCCUUACAAUCUGGAGCGGGUCAUCGGCGAUAUCAAUCGGGUCUGGGGCGAACCGUCGCUCUUCGGCGGCCGGGAACACGUGGAUCUGUUUCGAUUAGUGAAUCCUCCGAUCUCGAAGAUGUCCCUUCGCCGGAUGGGUCGGAGCGCUCGUCAGCGAAAGGCGGCUUCCAGGAGCCUGGAUGUAUAG